UUACAAGUACUUAUGUAUCGUCAAGCGCUACCACCAGUACGGAGUGUGAACGACGAUUGAACUGUUCUGUUCAUAAUUAAUUAUUCAUUCUGUUUUUUUGUCGAAUAUUUACGCAUUUAUUGAUCAUUUAAAGGUGUUUUUGUAAAGCCUGGGUUCAAAUCAGAGGUCAGGCCAAUAAAAAGUUAUUGGGUUUUUCUAUCGAAAAUUCUCAGUAGCAGCCUGGAGUCUGGAAAUUGGAAGUGUAUACUCCCGUGAAAAAGCAGACAAGAUGAGGAGCUUCAAAGCUAUACAAGAAGAAGCGCGAGCAACGAAUGAUUCAAUUAAGAGGGCAAUUUUAAGCGGAGACUCUUCCGUGCAGAAGUUUUACGACAACGCUGUGGUCUUUGUCACUGGCGGGUCAGGAUUUCUUGGCAAACACAUGAUCGAGAAAAUCUUAAGAUCGUCUAAUGUUAGAAAAGUCUACAUGUUGCUCCGAGUUAAGAAGGGGAAAGCUGUCCAAGAAAGACUUAAAGCUAUUUUGGAUGAUCCGCUUUUCGAAGAACUUCUGAAGGAACAGCCGAACUUUGUUAACAAACUCGAGAUUGUAGAAGGCGAUUCUAGCGAAGAUAACCUCGGUAUUGAUGAGAAGACUUGGGCGAGGUUGAGUGACGAGGUCAACAUAAUGUUUCACGUUGCAGCCUCGGUAAAUUUUCGUGAAUCUCUAAAGAUGGCGACUUUCAUUAACAUUAAAGGAACCAGAGAGUUUAUAAAAUUAGCUAAAGCUUGCAAGCAUUUAAAGUCGGUUGUCCACGUGUCUACAGCGUACUCCCACGCCACAAAGGAUCGUAAUAAAGGAGAUGUUAAAGAGGAUUUCUACCAGAGUCCAAUACCUCCUGAAACAAUGAUACAACUCGCUGAAUGUGUGAAUGACGAUAAACUUGAUGCCAUGAUCGAACCAUUUAUGGAUCAAUGGCCAAACAGUUACACAAUCACAAAAGCAGUCGCUGAGGACCUCGUCAGGGUCAUGGGAGAAGGCUUGCCUAUUUGCAUCGUUCGACCAGCUAUCGUUAUAUCUGCGUACAGGGAGCCAACUAUCGGAUGGGUGGACGUUAAAAACGCGUAUGGACCAAGCGGGAUAAUUCUUGGAGUUUCAUUAGCCGUUAUACGUACUUUAUUGGCUGAUAAUAUAAAAAUCGACUUUGUACCUGUGGAUCUCGUCACCAAUACAAUGCUAACUGCAGCAUUGGAGACACACGACAGAUAUAUAGCAGGAAACCAACAGCCAAUUAUUUAUACAGUUAGUGGCAUAAGAAAUCCACUGACUUUCAGGGAACUCGUGGAUGUUAUAAAUAAUGAAGCGAGGCCUUUUGCACCUACAAAAGCAUUAUGGUAUUGCGGCGCAUUUAUUACCCCAUACAAGUUCCUGUACUUAAUACUAACUUUGAUAUUACAUUACAUUCCUGCUAUUAUCGUUGAUGGAUGCUGUUUGUUGACUGGACAAAAAGCAAGGUUAUUAAAGGUAUAUAAUUUGGUGCAAUCCCUUUCGUCAGCUUUAAGGUUUUUUACAAACAAUGAAUGGCUCUUCGGCGAUGCGAACACUCUGAGUCUACACAACAAGUUAUCGGAAACUGACAAAGUGAUAUACAAUUGUGAUAUUUCAUCUGUAGACAUAAAAGAAUCAGUUUUAAUAUGGACUUACGGAGUUGUAAAAUAUAUCAUAAAAGAAGACAUGGAGAACAGAAGUUACGCCUUAUGGAAACAGUCAGUGUUGAGAAUAGUACAUUAUAUAGUACUCCCAUUGUACUUGUACGGGUUAUUUAAACUGACGUCGUCUGUUAUUACAUUUACAUAUUUUAUUUUUGUUAUGUUAUAUCAAUACCUUUUUGUAUUGUUUUAAAUUUUAACGUCAAGAUACAUGGUAAUGUAAAAAAUUAAAAUCUGUCAGACUAUUUCUAGUUA